CAACCUGUGCUGCAACGGCCUGGAGGGCCCCAUUCCUGCAUCCUUCAGCGCACUCGUCUCGCUUGUCUACCUCCAACUCUCUAACAACCAGCUGUCUGGUGCCAUCCCCCCCGCCAUAGGCGCCCUUACGUCCCUCCGAUACCUCUAUAUCUCUAACAACCAGCUGUCUGGUGCCAUCCCCCCUGCCAUUGGCGCCCUCACGGCACUCCAAUCCCUUGAUUUGCAGUACAACGCGCUGGGCGAGUCCAUUCCAGAUGCCAUCUCACACAUGACCGCUCUUAGAGGCCUCCUUCUCUCCAACAACCAGCUGUCUGGUGCCAUUCCCCCCACCAUUGGCGCCCUCACGGCCCUCCUAUCACUGUAA